GUUUUCUUUCUUUUUUUGUUGUUUUCUUCUUUUUAUUUAUAGUCACCAUUCAUCGGAUACAUAUAUAAUCAAUCAUGGCAACUUCUGGAUCUUCAUCAAAUAUGCGUAUUGAACAAGUUAGUUCAGCCACCCGUGAAAAACGUGUUGCAGCUCACUCUCACAUCAAAGGAUUAGGUUUACUUGAAGACGGUACUGCAGAACCUAUUCAAUCAGGUUUUGUUGGUCAAGAAAAUGCGAGAGAGGCAAGUGGAGUUGUUGUAGAACUUAUCAAAUCUAAAAAGAUGGCAGGUCGAGCUUUAUUAUUUGCUGGUGCACCUGGUACAGGUAAAACCGCAAUUGCCAUGGCGAUCUCUCAAGAACUUGGACCUAAAGUACCUUUUCGACCUAUUGUUGGAUCUGAAGUGUAUUCAUCUGAAAUCAAGAAAACCGAAGUACUUAUGGAAAACUUUCGUCGCGCUAUUGGUUUACGUAUCAAGGAAUCCAAGGAAGUCUAUGAAGGUGAAGUGACUGAAUUGACUCCUGAAGAAACAGAAAAUCCAUUGGGUGGUUAUGGCAAGACUGUAUCUCAUGUCAUCAUUGGUCUCAAGACGGUCAAAGGUACAAAACAACUCAAAUUGGAUCCUAGUAUCUUUGAAUCUAUUCAAAAGGAAAAUGUCACGGUGGGUGAUGUUAUUUAUAUUGAAUCAAAUACUGGUGCUGUCAAGCGCGUGGGUCGAUCGGAUGCUUUUGCUACAGAAUUUGAUUUGGAGGCUGAAGAAUAUGUUCCUUUGCCAAAGGGUGAAGUACAUAAGAAAAAGGAAGUGAUUCAAGAUGUGACAUUACAUGAUUUGGAUGUUGCCAAUGCUAGACCUCAGGGUGGACAAGAUAUUAUGUCUAUGAUGAGCCAAAUGUUGAAACCCAAGAAAACUGAAAUCACCGAAAAGUUACGAAAAGAAAUCAACAAGGUAGUCAACAAAUAUAUUGAUCAAGGUGUGGCUGAAUUAGUACCUGGUGUUUUAUUCAUUGAUGAAGUACAUAUGCUUGAUAUUGAAUGCUUUACUUAUUUGAACCGAGCCCUUGAAUCUUCUUUGUCACCAAUUGUCAUUUUUGCAACCAACCGAGGCAUGUGUACUAUUCGUGGUACCGAUGAUAUUGUCUCCCCACAUGGUAUUCCUGUUGAUUUACUCGAUCGUCUAUUGAUUAUUCGUACUCUCCCUUACUCACUGGAUGAAAUCAAGGAAAUCAUCAAGAUUCGUGCUAGGACAGAAAAUUUGACUGUAGAUGAUGCAGCAGUGGAUCAUAUUUCUGAUAGGGGUCUCAAUACAUCUUUACGUUAUGCCGUUCAACUUCUUACUCCAGCGAACGUUCUUUCUGAAAUCAAUGGACACAAUAGUAUUACUUUGGAUGAUGUGAAGGAAGUGGACGAUUUAUUCUUUGAUGCCAAGAAAUCAGCCAAGCACUUGACGGAACAAGAAUCCCAGUUUAUUGUUUAAAUCCCUUAGUUUUAUAUAUUCAUUAUUUUUUUUUUUUACAUUCAAUCCAUCAUUAUCUUUUCUUUCCAUGAUUCAUGUUUAUUUCCUAUUUUUAUAUAAUGCAUAUUAUCUUUCCUCUCCUUUACGCUCUUUUUCCUUCUAUCAAACAAAUAGAAUAAAGAUUAGUACGUAUAUCAUCCGUUGAUGAACAACUUCAAAA